AUGGCAGCCAUCUACUGUAAUGUGAAAUUUAAAAACUGUGGGACAAGAAAAGCAGGAGAGGGUGAACUUUCCAGAGCUGGCCCUAGCCACUCUGACCUGCACAGACCAGAUGACCCUGCCGACCCCUCACCUGAGCCAGAGUCAAAGGUUGUGACAAUUGGACAGGCUAAAGAGAGAAUACUGUGGAUUUCUCUCUGUACUGUCCUUUUUGCUGUGGCCCUCAUCAUCGGAGUGCUCUUCAUCUCUGGCAACGUUUCACAUGAAGAACCCUCUUACCAGCUCACAGCUCCAUGUGUGGGUAAAUCUUGUUGUGCUGAGGGCUGGAAAUACUUCAGAGGGAAGUGCUACUACUUUUCUGAUGAUGUGAGGACCUGGACUGCCAGUAGAGAUGAUUGUGUAGCUGUAGGAGGAGACUUGUUGAUUAUCAGCACUACAGAGGAGCAGACUUUUAUAAAGAGAUCAAAGCCUGGUGAGGGUGAGCAGCGCUACUGGGUGGGUCUGACUGAUGCUGUGACGGAGGGAGACUGGCGCUGGUUAGACGGAACACGACUCAGACAGACACCAAAAUGCUGGAGUGGAAAUGAGCCUGAUAACUGGAAAGGGAAGCACUAUCAGUAUCCUGAAGGAGAGGACUGUGCUCUGAUGGUUCUGAACACUAAUAGUUAUGUUUUACUGGAUGCAUUCUGUGAU